AUGUCGUACGGAACACACCGUGAAGUUGGUAACACUGCGUACCGUGAAGCGCAAUACAGCCAUGCCAUCAAGGCAGCGGGCCAGGGCUUCUUGAUCGGUGUAUCUGCCGCCCUCGGCGCAGGCUACUUUUUGCAGAAGCGCUACGUUCACAUCCAAAAGUUGACGACAACGAUGAAAUCCUUUAUUGUGGGCUCGGCUGGUAUGGGUGUCGGCGUUAUCUUCGCUGAUAAAGCCGGUAUUAGCUUCGACCAAGCGCAUUACUCCGACAAGGCUGCGCAUGCCCAGCGUCGCGAACGUUCCGAGUAUGAGAAGAAGUGGGACAGCCUCUCGUCUUUCGAUAAAGCCCUGACCUGGACGAAGGACAACAAGUUCGGUGUGGUUAUCGGUAGCUGGGUGGCGUCGAUGGGUGCUUCUUGGCUCUACAUUCAAUCGCAGCCGUUGUCGUUCUCGCAGAAGCUUGUUCAAGCGCGUGUGUGGGCUCAAGGUCUUACUGUGGCCUCGCUUAUUGGUAUUGCGGCCUUGACGACGAUCCCAUCGGCUGGUGAUACGCUGCUCUCGAAGAGCCACAGUGCUGAUGACCAGUCGUGGCGUAAGAUUAUCCAGGAACAGGCCGACGCUACGGCACACAAGCAUGCCAUGGCGAGUAUGUCGGAAGCCAAGGCCAAGGCUUCAGAAUUGGCGGCUGAAGUGAAAGACAAGGCUGUUGAGAAAGUGAAGGGAACGACGAAUUAA